UUCCGCUUAAUACCGGAAGAGGCGCCAAAAUUGAAAUUUAUUUCUUUCUGCCGACGUAGAAACAAUAAACAAACGGCCUUUGAAGGUCUGACGUCGGUUUCAGAGUAACUGAGUGCGCUUUUGCUCGUGUCGGACUUUUACCUGAAAAUGGACUCGACUACACAAUUCUUCAGCAAGCUGAAAAAGCUGGCAGUGACUCUGGAAUCUGAGACAGCCAAGCUCCAGCUCGCAUUUGAAAACCGCAACUGCGACGACGACGAGAGCGAAAAGACAGCCAGAGCGAUGCGAGCCUAUCAUGAACUGAACUGUGACGUGGGGAACCUGAAGGGACAGAUCCAGGAUGCCUUGGCUCAGCAGAAAGCAAAGAAUAAUGAGGCGAGCAGCUUCAUUAAGGCGUGUAGAGUAAUGGACCAGAAAGUCUUCAAGGACAUUGAGAGACUGAAGAGACACUGCGAGAACUAUGGUUACCAAGCUCCCUGUGACACCCAGAGAUCAACCAAGCCUAAAGAUCAGGCGGAGGAGGCUAAAGAUGAAGAAGCAGAUGACGACUCAGUAGAAGAGGAAAAUCAGGAGGAGGAUGGAGGGAAUCCUUCCUCAAUGGCUCCAAAACCAGAGCUGCCCAACACUGAUGUGCUGCGAACUCCACAGCUCUCUGAUUUUGGUUUGUCUAAACUGCACCUAAGGAGAGUUCUGACUGGGACUGAGUGGUGUUCAGAAGUUCCCCAAAUGCCUGAGAUGAACCUUCCUCAACCCUCACUCAAAGCAUCUCUACCAUCGCCCAUGCCCAUUACCCCCAAAUGUAACCUCCGAAUGGAUGACUACGAACUCCAAACACCCCAGAUGCAUGACUUUGGCAUCACAGAGCACACAAUGUGUCUGAACAAUGACUUCACCAUGAAUCUGUUCAAGAAGACUGAGAACCAACCAAGACCAUUACAGGACACAACUGAACCACCAGUGAACGCUUUAAUAGACAGUUUGCAGACAAAAGCUGAAAAGCUGGAAUCACCAGAGCCGCCUGUGUUUUUUACCCCGGGAUUCAAGAUCAAAAAGACAAACGGUCACUCGUCUCCAACUGCACAAGGCACUGGUGUCCCAGAAUUCCCCUGUCACCCUGGCAACCUACCUGCCACACCCGAAGUCCCAGCAUUUCAAACGCCGUACGUGAACAGACUAGUCAGUACCAAAAAGAGCACACAGCAGCCUGAGCCAUCCGUUAUGCAAACGGAUAAUGACACCCAGACCUUGGAUCUUCCAUCCCCACCUUGUAACAGAGCAGCUGGUUUCAAACGCACCUGGGAAUAUGAUGUGCCCGAUAUAUCCACCACGGGUUUAGAGGACAAGCAGAUGCCAGUGAUGCCCAACCUAGACAAUGGGAAAAUCCUGAAGUUCAGCGAGAAUGAAAAGGUGGCUAAGGAGCCCAAUGUCAACAGCCUGGAGUUGGAUGGACUCACCCAGGAGUUCAGCUUGGGGACACCUCGUAUAAGAGCACACUACCAAGAGCCAACCACCCCGGAGAUGCCAGACCUGAGCUCUGUCACACAGGACAUCUGUAAACUUGUGUCCCAGGCUCAGUUGAAGAAGACAACAAUGACAAAUGAACACCCACCUGUCAAGCCUGACAAAAAGAAACACAGAUCUGCAAGUCUGCCUGAAGUGUCAGAGAACGAGUUCCAGAGUUUACCGAGCUACCUGAGGCAGAUGAGCCUGAACAGCCUCAACCAAACGGUUCACAACAUCAACAAUUUCAUGGCAGAGUGUCAAGGAGAAACAACAGAGUUUCAGAUGGAGAAGCUGAAGAAGAUCAUCAGUGUCGGAACCAAGGCCCCCGUAUACGUCCUCUGUCUCACAGAGCUCAAGAGACUGAAGCAUGUGAGAGGAGACCGGAACACCUCUGUGUACAGACUGAUCACACACAUCUAAAGCUUGUCCAUCCGUUGGCACAAAUCUAUGUGAUGUUAAGCACUUAAGCUGCAGGCAAAGAUUAUCUAUCAAGUCAAACAGCAAAGGAAAAACAUACAUUAUGAGAAGAGUCCCAACAAAUGAACUCAAUCAGAGAAAGCAGCUAUCCUUUAUAUUGUAUAUGGUUUGUGUUUUGAUUGUAAAUAGUACAUGGACCUGUGAGUCAAUAAUUUGCAUUUCCAUGGUUGUAUGCAAUAAAAUGGAAACUGGCUGUUUAGACAAGUAGUACAGAUUCAUAUAAUACAUAAAGAUAUAUAUUGAGACAUUGUUGGAUUAAAAAGGCUAAACUUUUAUCAAUAGCAAGCUCAGUCUUCUGCAGCGGGAGUAUAACACAUGACUUGCAGUAACCAAUGGGUGUUAAUAAUUCAGCCACAUGAAUAUGCAUUGUCAAACUAUAGAUGGUUUAUCCAUCUACCACAGCUCACUUUUAAUUGUCCUUACCCAUUUGUAUAAAGUUAAAUAAAAUAGCAAAUGAGACUGUUAAUCAGAAAAUCCUGAACUUUUAUUGCUCAUUGCUGUGAUGUGUUGCAUGUGACUACUACUAUCUCGAUCUUUAACAAAUUGGUAAUUGGCUUUUCAAAUAUAACUAGUGAGUUUUAUCUUUGUGCAGUCUAAACACACUUGUAUUGAAAUAAGCUACUGUAUCACAGUUGUGUGCUGUGGAUGAAAGCCAAGUACUGUACUCCAGUUUCAGAGCUGAUUAACAGAGGGAUCUAAUAAGCUACAGGUAUAUUGCAUCUGUUUUAUACUGUCUGUGGUUGUUUCCAGUUGCUGUGGUUUGUUUUUUUCCU